AUGAAACGAUAUUCUCGCCCAUUGUUGUAUCGAUCCAGAUCAAUAUUACAAGCGAGGUUUGUUAGGAUGAGACCCUUUUCUCCAGGGCUUCUCAGAAAGGCACAGAAAAAAGGUACGGAGACUAGUGACAAUGAUCAGGAGAAAGCUGAACAAACGAAACAAAGAGCCCAGAUUUUGGCACAGAAACUAUCAGGAGUUGAUAAAAUGAGUGUCGAAGAGGCAGGAAAGUGGCUUGGAGCCAAGAAGAGAACUGAAUCGAGAUCAAGAUCCCGAUUUAAUAAGGUCACAGAGGAGAACGACAAUGACAGAAUAAAGAGCAAGUCACCAGCUCAAAUCGAUCGAGAAUUGAAGAGUAGGUUUAAAAAAGAUGGCAUUGAAUAUGAUCCUUUGUUUGCACAGCAAAUGAUCAAGAGAUCCAAACAAGAAGAAGACUUAAUAAACGAUGCUAUAAAGGGUGGAGAUAAGAUUCAGAAGGUGACACAGGAUGAGGUGCUAUCAUUUGUUGAUUGGCUGAUUGAGGAUUGCAAGAAAAGAUUACCAGAACAGGGAAAAAGCAACCAAGAAGAAGUGAAUGAAGAUCUGGAGAAGGUUAUGGGAGUUGAGGACGACGAUGAAAGUUUAGUAGAUGCUUUUUCUUCCGUCUAUAAGCUUGCAGAUAAGCUUGGGCCUUCUGGGUUGGACAAAUUAUUCGAUUUUUUGAAGCUAUUGAAUCAGGGAGGAAACGGAGAGAUGAAGAAAAUGGUUCCAUUGGAUAGAUUAGUAAAACUAUUCGAGAUCUCUGGUCAAUUGUUGGAUGAUCGAGUUCGAGAUCAAUGUGUCUACCUUUCUGGUAACUUGAUCUAUUCUUCUACUCCGGCAAGGGCUGAUCCUAUCAACGAGAAACUUUAUAUAGAGUCAUUGGUGAAUCAUGGAGAGUUCAAAAAAGCUUUAGAGCUAUAUACGAGCCGUCAAUCGAAACCAGAUGUUGUAGAUCAACGGUUUUGGUACGAAUUGGGUGCAGAAAUAUAUCUAAGAAUGAGUAGUGACGAGACUGUUGAGGCAGAAAAGAUAGCAUGUGAGAUAAUGGAGAAGUUUGAGUACAUGCAUCCACUAUUAAUUUCGAUGUUUGUGGAAAGGUACUUGAAGCUCUCAGACUGGGACAAAGCAAUUGGUUGGUGGGAAAAAAUGAAGGAUGUGAUGAACACCUAUGGUCUAGUGGAUCAUAUUGAUAUACCUGGUCCUCAAAUAGUGAAAGAUUCUCAGAUGGUGUACAACUAUUACAAUCGAGUGGAUCCCGUGUCUUGGGACAAUGUGACCGAUUGUGUCGUUGAUUUCUUAAAAUUUAGACGUAUAACCGAGGCCAUGAUUAUAAUAGAGACUGCUACGCGACGUGACAAACAGUAUCUACUACAUUUUGUGGACUAUUUGGAACACAAUGUGAGUUAUCCUGGACGUGAGUACUUUAUCAUGACCCUUGAAAAUGACGCUGACAACGACAAGCAGGAACAAAAGUUUCAUUCUGCUAUUUCUGGAUACAUCAGAAGUGAACUAGAUCCUUUGAGAAAUACCCAUUGCUCUUCACUUGAUGAAGCUACUACGUUAGAUGAACUUUCAUUUUUUCUUACCAAGCAACUCGGCAAUUCUUCAAUGUCCAGCGAAAACAAGCUCAUCAUUAGCUCUUUAAUAUCAUCAAUUUCCAUUGGUUCGAAACUUAUGAGUCACGAAUGCAAGGAUUUGCUUACUAUUUUGCUCAAGAGCCAUUCUCGCAAGGGAUACGCUCUCACUUCGAAAGUUCUUGAUGAAAUGAAUAAGAGCUUUCAACUUUCCCAACUUCAUUCCACCGGAUUAUUUCCUCCUGCGAGUAGUCACACCUAUUUGGUGCUAGUGCAGGCAUUUGGAAGAAGGCCACAGCCUAAAAUACCCGAAAUCGAGGCUCUUAUUAGUACGAUGCAGAAAUUAGGCAUUCCAAUGUUGACUGUGCUGGCGAAUCAGAUUGUUUUGGCCUAUCGCAAGGCUAAGCAAUAUACGAAGGCUUUACAAUUUAUAGAUAGCUUUCUUCAGGACGAAGGUAGUAACCGGUUAAAGCCAACGUCAGAAUUUUUCAGAAACGUGAUGGUUACCUACAGAGAUAGUAUAGCUAGUGGAGGGGUAGAUAAAGGUGUCCGCAAACUUCGCUUAGAGAAAUUGCGCUGGAUGUUUAAAGAGAUGCUAGAAACACCCGGUUGGGAAAUGAACGAGCCAUUAUGCAACGAGACUGUAGUUACGUUUCUAACAUUUGGAGACGUGGCUUCUACUGUAUGUGUGCUUGAAAACUAUGGGCUGGUUCUAGAUAAGGAUAUUAGUAACGAUCUUAUGCUUGCCAUCAAGUUGAAGCUCGAGGCUUCGGUGGUGAAGAUGGAAUCUGAACUAAAUGACCACGAGAAAGAGCUGCUGACUUCUUCCAUUAAAAAGUAUAGAACCGACUGUGGGUUGCUUUCCAUCAAAACCAAUUUGAAACCAGAUAAAGAAUAUAACUGGAGAGAUGCAGCCUGUGUUCUUCUCAGAUAUAUGGAGACUUUUCAUUAUCACCCCAAUCCGUACUCUUUUGCCGAUCAUUGGCUUGCAUCUGCUUCAUUUGAACAGAACGAGGAAACCAAACAGAAAUUUUCUACACAGUUAAAGGAACUUCAGAAGUUCUAUAGUUUACCAGAGGUUGAAAUUGAUGAAAUUCUAUAA